UGUCUUGGCUCCGCUCGGCUGUAGCAGGACCAAGCUGGGGUCGGGGAGCCAAUGGGCUGCGAGCUCUGGGGGCGGCGGGGGUACUCUGGGAGUGGCGGUUGUUUCAAGAUGGCGGAUGUGGCCGCUGGGCCCGGAGGAGCCGUUUACUGGAGCAGGGACAUUUCUGAUGAAGAACAGCCAGUGGUGUAUGUGCCAGGAAUUUCUGCCGAAGGAAAUUUAAGAACAAGACAUGUGGUAAAGGGUCGAAAAAGCGAAGCUAAGCUGAAGGUCCCUGGAGCUGCUCCUUCUGUUUCCAUGGAUCCAUUUAAAAGCACAGGAGACCCAACAGGGCACCAGGUCACUAAUGAAGGCGGAGUGAAGAGUGCUUCUUUAAAGGAUUUAUGUCCCGAGGACAAGAGACGCAUUGCCAACUUAAUUAAAGAACUUGCCAGGGUAAGUGAGGAAAAGGAAGAGACAGAGGAGCGACUGAGAGCAGAACAGGAGUCAUUUGAGAAGAAGAUCAGACAACUAGAGGAGCAGAAUGAACUUAUCAUCAAGGAAAGGGAAGCUCUGCAGCAGCAGUACAGAGAAUGCCAGGAACUCCUGAGUCUAUAUCAGAAGUAUCUAUCUGAACAGCAAGAAAAGCUGACUGUCUCUCUCUCAGAGCUUGGGGCUGCCAAGCUGAAGGAGCAGCAGGUGGCCAACAAGAAGAGUCCGUGCCAGCUACCACCUUCGGAACUGGAUGGUUCUUAUUUAAGUAUAGUUAGACCACAAACGUUAUACAAGAACAAUAAAGCAUCACAGUCGGGAAGUCCAGCCCUGUUUUCAGUACCUCCGCACUGUAGAAAUAAUCAUGCUCAUGGGACCACAGCCCACUACAACCAACAGGAGGUUCUGAAUGAAUGUCCAGUGGAAAAUGGCUUGCACAGAAAAUGUAACAAUAUGAUGCUGUCAGCAAAGGAAAGGGGCCCAUACCACACACAAAUGGCUCCUGAUGUGGGCCAGAGAAUGAGUGAAUUUCAGAACACUUGUCCUCACCAAAUGAGUCAUUGGGCUUGUAUGCAGCCAGGAAGGUUGGAGAACAUUCAGGAUAGCCAAAAGGUCAGCCAUGUACCCAAAAGACAUUCGGGGCCGCUUCAUGAAACCUGUGAUAACUCUAGGCUUUCUCGAGUUUCUGGGAUGAAUGACAGUGUGGACUCUGGAUCAAAAGAAACAGAGCGUAGUAAAAGGCUGUCUGAGGAAAGAAGACAGCAGCUGCUGCUGCAGAAAAUGGAGCUGGAAGUUGAAAAGGAACGUCUCCAGCAAUUGCUUGCUAAACAGGAAGCAAAACUACUUCUGAAGCAGCAUCAGCUACACCAAUCCAGGCUGGAUUACAAUAGAUUUAAGGGCAACGUUUUUGAUUCAGAAGUGGUCACUGAUGAAGCACCAGGCGGGCCAGGAGGACCAACCCUUAUGACGAAUGGCACUGGCAUGGGGCUAAGAAGAAGACUUUGUGGUGAGAACUGGCUUCUGCAAUGUUGGCUGACUGAAAGAACAGGAAGGAGCGAACUUCACCAUCCUGGCUGCCACCCCCACCAUCUCUUAGGAUCCUGGACCUUCUCCAUCCUAACGAAUGCUGAACACCACUUGGGAUGUGAAACUUUAUCACUCAUAUUCCCUCCGAGUGUGUCCUUUUCCUUCCCCACUUUCCUUCUUCUUUUUCCUAUCCCUCUCUUUUUGUUUUCUGUUUAAUAAGAGUCUGGCCAAGACUGUAUAUUGUGUAACACUGCUGUAUCUCUGUGACCAGAAAGAGGCCGCUAAAAAGAGUGCCCUAAACAGCCCAAUGCUGGUACAAGUUUGCCAGGUCUUGGAGUAGCUAAUAAGGCCAUGUGCUAUACUUGUGUUUUUCCAGCAGUGAGGUUGCAAGUGACAUUCAGCACCAGGGACAGUUGCUGUAUUUUCUAUCUUUGCUGUUCUUUUCUUUCCUCUUUGUUUGUCUUGUUAUGCCCUCUAGGAAAUAGAAUUGGACUUGAACAACAGCAGCAACAACAAUAGCUCCCGUGUAUCCAACUAACUACUUCAUUUACCCAAAAGAACAGUUAUUCCCAUAGAAUAAUAGAAUAUCAGGGUUGGAAGGAACCUCAGGAGGUCAUCUAGUCCAACCCCCUGCUCAAAGCAGGACCAAUCCCCAACUAAAUCAUCCCAGCCAGGGCUUUGUCAAGCCUGGCCUUAAAAACCUCUAGGGAAGGAGAUUCCACCCAUCUUUAAUACCCUGUAAGAGACCAUCAGGCAAAGGUUCUUUUCCUUCUAAAGACCCUCUCCUGCUAAAUGGAAUGAGGAUGUUGUUAAAAUGAAAACCUUACUUAAUACCUUGCAUUUCAAAUGCUUUACCUGUUUUUCCUUCUUUCUGUAUCUUUAAUAAAAAGUUAUAAAGGAUGUUUAAUAGUGUGUUUGCCAUGGUACUAAGCAACCUGAGGUCUGUGUGUGCACCAAACCCUGAACCUUGUUUACCACUGUUUAAUGUUGGACAGUGACAGGGUCAUAUCAAUACCUUUAACUCUUUUGACUCUUGUAUUCCAUCUAAAUUAAUAAAAAAGUGCAGUGAGAUAUCUUUCUCACGGACUCUCUAGUUUGUUCUUUCUGCUGUAUGAGUUACUGAUUAUCCAAUCACCCUUGUGUUAACAGGCAGUCGAAUUUAUUGUAUUUUAAACUUAGGUUACCACCACAGAUGAGGAGAGUCCUAAAAGUGAUCCUCAUUUAUUUUUUCCCCUUUUUUACAAAACCAUGUGAUUCCAUGAUCACUCUAGCAAAGGAGAUUCAGAAAAUAGAUCUAGUUAAAUAUAUUCUAGCAUUGCACUCUGUUAAGGAGAAAUGUAACCUAGAACAUCUGCAGGUCUUUUUGCAAUAGGUUGCUAAAACCUGCAAAAGUCUACUUAAUACAGGGGGGGAAUGAAGAAAAACUGCGUUGUUUACAAAAUGAGUUCCAGAUUUCAUAAGGUUUUUUCCUUUCUCUCUCUCUUUCUCUUGAUUAAACCCACAGUAAUUUUUCAAAGUUAAUAUGCAUUUCUGCAGUCUCAAGUCACAACGCCAGCUGGUUCCAAAGUUUGGCAGCAAGGCAUCUGAAAGUUUGUUUCCUGUACUCAGUCUUCAGUUUUGCAAAGGUUACCAGAUGAAUGCUCCCUAAAUAAUUUAAUCUAAUGUAAGGCUGGAAGAGGCUACGAAGACAAGUCCAUUUGUCUCCUUUAUGCAUUUGAAUAUAGAAGUGAUUUUUUUUCAGUCUCAGGAAAGGGUGCCGCGUGAGUGUGGCUGGAAUGGGAGGUGGGAACUGUUCUCUUCUGAGCAAUCUGGCAGUUGUAUUGAAAUGCCAACGGCUUUUUGCUGUAGAAAAUAUUAUUAAGAAUCAUGAUGGAAAACCAACCCUGUUUAUCUUCCAGUUUGGAUGAGCUUCUCAAGGGAACCUCCCCAAAACGUAAUUUUAAUUUUCAAAUAAGCAAAGCUCAAUUUAAAAUUCUCUUGGUAUUUUUUAAAAAAAAAGCCAAAAGUAUUUAAAAUAUUAAACUUGCUCGAGUGAGACAUUGGAAUUUACAAGUAAAAUAAAUAAUACAAUCAAGAACUGAAAAACAUAGAUUUUUAUAAUUAACAGCUCAUUUUGAGUUAAUUAUCUACAAUUACCAAAAUCUAAUUGCAAUUUAUUCUCUAUUAUCUGUGGAGAGAAUCAUAGGCAAGGGAGUCUGCAUCAUUGGCAUUCAUAGGAUGGGUACAAAUAAUGGACGAGCCCUUAAUGGAAAAACAAAAGCAAAUAGGAGCGUGCAGCUGUGCCAAGCUAGCGAGAGGUAAUUGUAGUCAGAAAUGAGGUAUGGACUUUAAAGGCAUCUUGUCAUCUCCUGUAGGGCAUAAUUUUUUACCUACUUGAAGAAAAGAUUUCAAGAGCAAAUAUAGAGCAGUUUGAUUUCUGUCUGAGCUAUUCAUGGCAAUCUGCCUGUUUGUGGAAGGGGAAACUUUGACUCUGGGGAACACUUUAAAUAUACCGAACUUUUGAAUGGAUAUGUGUUUCGUUUCCUCUACUAUAAGUACCCUUUACAUUUAACUAAUUAUCAAAGCCUUUCAACAAAUGUUGCCCAUCUCUGCCUGCUUGGAUCCUCCUGAUGCGAAUUUGUAAUGCUGAAUUUGUCACUUCACUGUCAGGUGUAAACAGAAGGAGGGACUCGCUUGGGAAAAAUGCUCUUUUCCUGAUACACAGAUUGGCCAUCUCUAGGCAGCGGCAGUAUCUGCCCUUGCAGGAUCUCCAGUUCUCUCAGGCACAGCCAUGGGAGCAGGGCUUUAUUGGGGAUAGUUUUCACUAGCUUGGUGUGCACAUGGGUGAGUCCAGGAUUGAUCUUCAGCAAAAGAUGUAUAACUUCUAAAAUUAGAGGCAAGUUCUGUUUGUAGAAUUUCUUUUCAAGUCUGCCCCAUGGUGUUAGAUGCUUUAAAAUAUUCAAAAAUAAAAGCAUAACCUACUGUAUUUGAUUAGCUUAAGACAGCUUUUUAAAACACAUUUCCCAUCUCUCAGGUGCCGAUGCCUGGUACAUGCUCAAGUACCCACUCCUUGCUCAUUCAGGAGGAUCUGUUCACAUGGCACCUGCUUUUGUGCAUACUCCUGAUAACUGCAUCGGAGAGAGAGGAAUUUUAAAACAAUCCACCAAUUUCCCCUUUGUUUGCUCUGAAUAUGAAUAUAGUACACCAUGGAAACGAGGGUUGUCUAAUAGCUCUGACUAAAGCCAAAUAUAGUUCAGAGAGAUGCUGUGCAAGUACCCCUCCUUUUAACUCUUCUGUGUGCUUAAAUGCUAACCUAUAGCAUUCCUUGCUGUUGUUUGCUUUGUCCCGUCAGCAUCUCUGUCAAUGCACCUUGUUCCUUUCUUCCCUAUAGCACCCUCUGCUAAUCCAUUUCUGGGACCUCACGCAACUCUGCCAGCCUUCCUCAACCCUCACGUGAACAUGUUUCAUAUAGGAACAUUUGAGAAAAUUAGUAUCAAAUACGUUUGUUAUAGAAAGGCACCCUUUGAAUGGACAGUCCCUGUUACAGGAUUUUUUUCCCUCCAGUACUAGAGAUUUUCCAGCUGUAAUUUGCAACCACUUAUUUCAUCAAACACUUUUCUCAUUUGUGUGUGUGGAUCUAUCUCACCCUUGUGUGUUUUUCCCUCUUAUAUUUUUAGUUAGCUGGAAAUAUCAAACACAGAAUUUAAUAGCACUUUCCCUCUAUUGAAAUGUUCGUCGUUAUGGUGAUAGUUCCAGGAGGGAACACUAUCAAGGGUCUUUUAGAAGAUUUUAUGUUUACGGUAUAACUUUUUUAUUAUUUUAUGAGAAAAGGUGACUGUUAUCUUUGCUCCUUGUUAAAUACAUAUUAUUGACUCUAUUUUUUUAGGAUUGUUUGAAUUGUUAUGUAUCUUGUGCUAGCUAUACCGAUGUGUCCAAAUAUUCUAGACAAUUACAUAUAAAUGCAAAAGAAUGGCUUGCAGCCCUUCCUGCUGUUCCAGGCAUGUGAUUUAUUUCACACACUCUUUGAAAAAAAAAAAUCAAACCUCACAAUUAUGCAAAUACACUUCUGUCCUAACCGGCAGCACCCCAGCUUUUCCAGUCCUCAAGGACUCCCAUCAGUAUAGCUUUGCCAGUGCAUCUUGGUAGCAAACGGCAGCACCCCUGUUAUUUCACACCUGGGGCCAUCUGUCAAUUCUCCUCAAUCACGACAUGCAUCACCUCCUGCUAUUCCAGUCUGGAGUCUCUAGAGAAGAAACUGCCAAUCGUGCCAGAACGUUCAGUGUUUGACUAAGACCACCAAAUUCCAGUUCAUUUAUGAGUUGUUCCCUGCUCUCUAGAGGUGCGUUUAAUAACCCAAUGUGCCACUUAGGCAACUUAUGCAUUUACUGAAUGCAGCUGGCUAGGAUGUUUUUUCUUCUCCUCCUGAAUAUUUUUAAAACUGGCAGAUUGACAGCAUUAAAACAGACAGAAAUCAACUGUGCUUGCAAAUGGCUUAUAGACUCUUUUUUACUUUGGGUAGCUGGAAACUGCUUGCCCAGUUGUUAGUGUCCAUUUUAACACCCAGGCUUUCUCUCUCUGUGGCAGAUUAUUUUACACUGAAGUUGGUAGCAUAAUCAGCUGGGAAACUCAGAGAGAAUUUAUUUGGUCAAUAAAAAUGUACUUGACGUAUCUGCAAGAAGUGCAAAUGCUGAAUUAGCUGCAGAGACACAUCUCUGGCCUGGUCCACACUAACCCCCCACUUCGAACUAAGGUGCGCAACUUCAGCUACGUGAAUAACAUAGCUGAAGUCGAAG